AUGAAAGUUGCAAUAGGACAAUUAUGUUCAUCAUCAAAUAUUUCAAAAAAUUUAAAAACAGUUUUAAAAAUUAUUGAAAAUGUAAUAGCAACUAAAGAUGUUAAAAUUUUAUUUUUACCAGAAGCAACAGAUUAUAUAUCAUCUUCAGCUUCACAUUCAAUUGAAUUAUCAAAAAAUGUAGAAAAUUUAUUUUUAAAUCCUUUGUUAUCAUAUAUAAAAAAUUUAAAUAAAAAUCAAAGUGUUAAAUUACCUUAUAUAUCAAUUGGAAUUCAUUUACCAUCAACAACCACCACCAAAACAGAAAAAGUAAGAAAUUUAAAUUUAUUAAUUGACCCCAAUGGAGAAAUAAUAUCAAAAUAUCAAAAAUUACAUUUAUUUGAUGUUGAUAUACCACAAGGUCCAAUAUUAAAAGAAUCAAAUUCAGUAGAAAAAGGUAAUGAAAUCGUGGAUCCAAUAUCUAUUGAAAAUACUCCUGCAAUUCUUGGAUUAGCUAUAUGUUAUGAUAUAAGAUUUCCAGAACUUGCUCUAAAGUUACGAAAAAAGGGAGCUAACAUAAUUAUUUUCCCAAGUGCUUUCACUGUUAAAACUGGUGAAGCACAUUGGGAAAUAUUAAGUAAAUCAAGAGCUAUAGAUACUCAAAGUUUUAUAAUAAAUGCAGCACAAUGUGGGAAACAUAAUGUUGGAUCAACUAAUGAAGGUUCAAAUAAUGGUUCAACAAGAAUAAGUUAUGGAGAUUCUUUAAUUAUUGAUCCAUGGGGUAAAAUUUUAAAUCGUUGUAAAAAAUUUAAUGAAUUAACUAAUGAACAGAAGGAAAAUUCUGAUGAAUAUUAUGAAAUUGUAACUGCUGAUUUAGAUUUUAAUGAAUUAGACAAAAUUAGAAUUAAUAUGCCGUUGAUUGAUCAUAGAAGAAAUGAUAUAUUUGGUGAAUUAUAG